AUGCACCGUCUCGCCGUCUCGGCCCGAUACGCCUCGUACUUCUCGCGAGUGCACGGGCCCAAGUCUCUGCAACGUUCCGCUCGUCUCUUCCCGUCGCAACCGCUUCACCGCGCGAAUUUCGCCUCCCAAUCUGACGUGCCUCCCACAUCGACCUUCUUCACACGUCUCCAGCGCCUAGGCCUUGCUGCCUCCCAAACAUUUCAGUCCCAGUCUGCCUCUGCGCCACUGUACAAUGAAAAUGGAAAACAAACCGCAGCAUCACCAGACGCUGCGCGAGGGACAUCCACGCAAGAAGAGCCGAAGCUUGAAUUAUCCCGCCUGCUGCAGUUAGCAAAAGAAGAGCGUCACCUAAUCGGUUUCGCCCUGAGCGCGCAAUUGAUUUCUGCAUCCUCGAUCAUGCUCUUCCCAUUCGCCCUAGGAAAAGUCGUCGACACCGUCUCCUCCUCAGCCCCCGAGCUGGACGCCCUCGUUGCCCUCAUGGGUGGCGUCUUCGCCAUCUCCGCCGUUGCCUCCGCCGCCCGCGUAUCCGCCAUGUCGCUGGCCGGUUCGCGUAUCUCGCGCGACUUGCGUGUUUCCCUUUUUCACGCUAUCAUGAAGCAGGAAACCGCCUUCUUUGACAAGCGCCAGAGCGGUGAACUCGUCAACCGCCUCUCGUCUGAUGUGCCGCUUGUCGCGCGUACGCUUACGGACAACUUGGCGAAAAUAAUCCGCGCCGGAGUCACGUCUACAGCAUCACUUGGCUUUAUUCUUUACUUGUCACCGACGCUCUCGCUUGUCACGCUUGGGUCCAUUCCACCCAUUCUGGGAUUUGCCGUAAUGUUUGGACGGGCUGCACGAAAGUUGUCGCGAAAACUGGUCGACGCGCUGGCUGAGGCGACGCAAGUGGCCGCGGAACGCACAAGCGCCAUUCGCACGGUACGCACAUUUGGGGCGGAGGAUAUCGAGACAAAACGGUAUGCAAACCGUGUAGACGAGACGUAUCACCUUGCAAAGAAGGUGGCAUUUGCAGAUGGAUUGUACGCGGGAUCCGUCCAACUGUCUGCGCAAAUGUCUCUGUGCGGAGUGCUCUGGUUUGGUGGACGCAUGGUUAUUGAUCCUUUGAACCCAAUGACAAUGGGGGCGCUGACGUCGUUCUCGAUGUAUGCUGUCAACCUAGGCGUGGCGGUGUCUGGCAUGGGGACCGCUUAUGGGCAGCUGACAAGAGCUCUUGGUGCCGGGCAUCGCAUUUUUGAAGUCAUUGAUCGUGAGCCGGAUGGGGCCUCAUCAACAAUUUGCGAACAACCCCCGAAUGUAGCUCAUUCACAAGUGGGAGUACCCGUGAAACCGAAAGCAUCCCUACGACGACUCCAGCCUGGUUAUGACGCGACGGUAAGCUUCGAAGACGUUCAUUUCAAGUACCCCACCCAACCGGACACCGCAAUUUUGAAUGGAGUGAACUUGACGGUUCGCCCGGGAGAGAUUAUAGCUAUCGCCGGCGCAUCAGGGUCGGGAAAGUCUACAAUGAGCUCAUUAUUGUCAAGGCUGUACGAACCUACGUCAGGCACGAUAUCGCUUGGCAAUGAACCGAUUGCAAAUCUAGAUACGGCCUGGCUUCGGGAACAAAUCGCCGUGGUAGCUCAAGAGCCAGUUUUGUUCAACGGAACUAUAACAGAGAACAUCCAGUAUGCCAUGCCUGGAGAAGUAUCGAUGCAAAGAAUACAAAGAGCUGCAAGAGCAGCUGCAAGUCAUGACAUGAUACUCUCUCUGCCGAACAAGUACGAAACGAUGGUUGGUGAACGCGGGGCAUCUCUCUCUGGUGGGCAACGCGCCCGGACUGCCCUUUGUCGUGCAUUGGUUCGAGAUCCCCGGGUCCUCGUGCUCGAUGAGCAUAGUGCCGCCCUUGAUGCCGAGUCAGAGCGUGCUGUAGCGCAAGCCGUGUACACGUCUGCAUCAGAAUUGAACAUGGCUGUGAUCACAAUUGCUCAUCGCACUAGCUCUCUGCGCCGCGCAGACCGCGUCGCUGUGCUCGCUGACGGCGUGGUCAUCGAAAUCGGGUCAUACGAUGAUCUAAUGAAACAAGAAGAUUCGUGCUUGAGACGAAUGCUCAAUCCCACGCGAACGCCGAUUUAGUCUUAAAUCGAUGUCUAGCACUCAAUUUUUCUCCUUUCAAAGAAAUGCCGUCAUGCAUGGCGAAAUAGUCGGAUUUGCGGUGAGAUUAUCCGACACAGCGAAGUCUCGCCCAUCCUGAAUCACCAUCCCCUCUUAUACUCUUACAGAGCGUCCCGGUUCUGGGAAGCAAAUGGAACCAAAAGAUGAUUAUAUAUGCAAACUGAUUCAGUCGGCACACUUGUACAUACCUAAGCAGCUGCCGUCACGUUCAGCAGAACAAUAGACCCGCUGUAGAAACAUGAUGCUGCAAGGCCGUUACACCAUGCCGUAAGCCGACUGGCAUUCACGCCUAUUCAUAUCGGGGUCUCACACUUACUGCUUCCCUUUCAAGGAAUUGGUUUGAAGCAAGGUUUGCGACAAGUUGGUCUCAAUUUACAUUUCGAGAACUGUCAAAAGACUGUUCAGUGUUUGGCUUUAGAUAGUUGCAGUGGAGACGUACAUAUGAUACCACUAAAGCGAUACCGGUAGACCACGAUUUUGAAACCCGGGCUUGCAUCCUGAGUAUUG